UCGCUAUAUAAGUGCAGUAAUCUUGGACGCGACGUUUAAACCCAAUGUCACCUCACCUCACUACAUCUCAACUAGGUCUCCAUUCUGUACUUUGCAACUUUGUUGUUUACGCCGCACUCUUCAAUAUUCCAGCUACAUGACGCCGUCUGUAAUUAAUCGAGUCUGGACCAGACAAUCCAGUGAUUGAUGUCAUGAGCAUCGAUCCACGCAAUUGGGACACGAUGACAUGAAUUAACCAAAUCAGCGAGCCUGACCACAUGACCCGCUUAGUACAUAUCUGCACCAAAUGGCAUUUUAGUGUUAAGGUGAAAACGUACUGUAAUAUUGACUUUUUCUGUGAGCCUUUCAGGCUAUGGCCUUUGGCUAUAAUGGAGAUAAUAUUUACAUGGUGCUACUUAAUAAAACAAGUGUUUCAUUCGUGACAAACUCGUGUUAUUCCGGGACAAGCUACGGAAAGAGGCGAGUAGUGACGAACGAUGGUAGUCCUGACGGGCUUAGGUAACAACAGGGGUUAUCUGAACCACGACCUGACUGGCUGACUCACAGUCAGGCGUUCAGUCUAAAUAUAACUACGCGUCAUUGCAUCUAACUGUACUUCGUCGCAUUUCCCUGAGACUGUUCAGAGGAGUCAUAUUCCAGGCAUAGGAAAAAUGAAGGAAACAGAGCUGGUUCAAGGUCGGUUCUCAACAGUGAGGUACUUUAACAUAGGUAACAAAACGGUGCUUGAGAAAGCACUUUCGUGCCCACAACCUAUUGCAGACGCCGAAAAGCACAUACUCCAACAGUGCGCAGAAUCUGAAGGGGCCAAAAACAUUGUCAAGAUUUAUAACGCUUUUCCUGCAAAAGGCGUCACAAUGUUCUUGGAAUAUUGCGAGGAAGGCAACCUGAACCAAUAUGUGAGUAAACGUUUAUUCAUGAAGAAACAUCUGAAUGCAGCCGACUGUCGUUCUUUCAUGACCGACAUUGCCAGUGGUUUGCAGUUUCUUCACAACAUUGAUAUCAUACACGCCAACCUACUGCCAGAAAACAUCCUUGUGACGUCAUGCAGUAAACCUGUUUAUAAAAUAGGAGGAUUUGGAUCGGCAGCUGGUCGCCAGGCCGGGAGAAAUAACAGGAGAGAUGAGGAACAUGGCGGGUUAGAUGGGACUGAAGACGCUUGUUUUUUGCCCCCUGAAGAGGCUCUGGACAAGAAAAGUGAUAUUUUCUCCCUUGGAGCUGUCACCUAUGCUUUAUGGAGUCCGCAAUUUGUCGACGACAAACUAGUUGCCUACUAUGGUGGACGUCGUCUGGCCAAGAUGGCAGGGAAAAUAGACCUCGGUCACAUCACUGACCAGGGACUGCGAGACAUCAUCAAUGAAGCCUUAAAAGCAGAUAUAGCUGGACGCCCAACAGCAGAAGAGGUUUGUUCAAUGCUGAAUACAGGUUACUCGUGGUGGAAGAUUCUGAUUUGUGGCGGCGUUGUAGCUGGUGUCUCGAUUUACGGAUACACGUAUUUCAGAAAUAACACUUAAACAAUGGCGACACGUUGAUAUAAUUAACACUAUCUGUCGCUCGCCAUUAAGGCGCUAAAACAAAGACUAGUGGGCUCGUAAUCAGUAAACGGUGUCUGAGAGAGGUAUUCAUGUUAAACUGCGGCAUGGUAUCUCAGUGACAUGGCACUAUUAAUCGGCAUCAAUCCGGACUAAUACAA